UUCAGAUUCAGAACAGAAGUUUUUCAAGCUUGGUGCUGGAAGAAUUGCAAGCAGUCAUUCCGUGGUGGAUACAAACCAAGCUGAACUUAGGUUACCGGCUCACAAGUUUAAUAACAGUCAAGAUAACUUUCCAGUCUAUCAGUUCAGCUCAAAUAGCUUGCUGAUGGCAUCAGAAGGAAUUGGACGAGGAAGAGGAAAAGGUUUGAAACCAUCAGUUCCAGUUGGCCGAGGAAGAGGAACUUCAGGUUGUAAAGAGAAUGUGACGAAAUUAGGGAAACCUGGUGCCUCUCAGACUGCAACAAAGCCAGGAAAUGCCUCUGCUGUAGAAUCAGACAAAUUAUCUGUGUCUGUUGAUAAAACCUGGUUACAGGAUGUGAAUCAAAAUUGUAAGAAAAAGAAGACCAAGACCAAGAAUGCCUGUGCCAAAACUGUGAUUAAAGAGGAACCACCAACUCCUGUGUCGACUGAAGAUGAAGCCAAAACGAUUCGUCGUCUUCGAAAGAAACUUCGUCAGAUUAGUUUAUUGGAAGAACAAAAGUCUGCUGGAUUGUCACUUGAUAAAGACCAGAUCGCCAAAAUAGCUAUGAAAGAGACGUUAUGUAAACAACUAGAAUCCCUGGAAUUAAGAGACCAUUGAUGACUAGUGGAGCCUUAACUGCCGAAAUUCUUUGAAUUUAUAUAUUCAGAAAUAUUUUAUUUUCCUUUCUAAACAUUUGUCAGAAACCUGGUGAAUACUGAACUCAAGACAUUUGGGUUUGAGUUCCUAUCGCAGCAAGUAUUGUGUUGUCCUUAGACAAGACUCUUAACACAACAUGCUUUGCAAAUAAUAAUAAUAAUAAUUAAAAAAAAUCAUCCUACCUUUUAAAAAAAAUUCUAAUAAUCUAAUAUUUUCCCCCCUUAAAUUCAUUUUCCAUUACAAGUUUGGAAAAUGCAUCAAAAUAUGAGAGAAAAUGAUAUGAGACUUCAAAUUGUUUGCUAAGGGCUUGUGCAAUCACUGUGAGCUGGAAUUAAAAAAGAAAAGAAAAAGGAAAUUGUCUCAUGACA